AUGUGCAGGUCAUUUGACGCAUGUCCUGUGAUAAUAGAUGACGAAAAUGAAAACAACUUUGUCAAGGAACUCAUUCGGUCAACGACGGACCAAAAUAACGACACUGCUUUCUUUACUGGGUUCGCAGACUUAAUCACUGAGGGUACAUGGGUAGAAUACGGUACCAAUAACCAAAUGACCUUCCACGAUUGGGGGAGCGGUGAACCAAACUUAGGAACGCUGGAAAAUUGUCUGGCAUUCUUUUUCCCAAUGGACUUGAAAUGGGUCGAUAUUCCUUGCGAAUGGGACCUGAGAACCAUAUGCGAGAUAGAUGCAUAAUCGAAUGUGCUAAAAAUUUGAUGACAUUGUAUUUUAUAUCGGUGUUUGUAUACAGUCAGUCAGGUGCAUUUUUUACAAGUGGCACAAACGUUUUAAUGAAAUCAUGCGCCGACAUUCUUGAACAUCCUUUUAUUAUUCUUAUUACAGGCAAGGUACUCAAACAAGAUUCAGAUGAGUUGAUUUAAUCACCCUCCUGCUAAGACAAUAUGUUUAAAGUAACUGCAAGGCAUUCGUAUUUAUUUUUAACACAGUCAGAUAUCAAGUAAUUUAAAGAUUU